GGCCGUUGGAGGGGCGGGGUGGGGUUGCCCCGGUGAUGUCGGUCACAGGCGAUUGUGGAAACGGCAGCGGAGCCGGUCGUGUCGCGUUCGAUGGCAGGAGCAGGGUGUGAACGGGCGCCCCGGGUUGCUGCUCCGGGCUCGUCUUCGUGUGUCUUCAAACAUACGCGUUUAACUAAAUAUCACAAGGCUUUUAAGUGGCUCCAUGAGCCUGCACCCUUGUUUCGUUUUGCACCGAUUGGAGGAUCUCCUCGUCACCCUGCCUUGUGUGAAGACAAAGCUAAACUUCGCGUUCGUCAAAGUUUGUUGCCUACAGACCACUUGUUGCUUUACUAAUUGCUAAUCUGGGCAGCUGUCUUCACUCCUGUGUAUUCUGCAGUGGCUUACUGAUCACAAAUCCACCUACUCCAUGCUAUUUUUCUUUUACUCUAAACCACACUAGAUGAAACAAUGGUAAUGCUUUCAAUUAUUGGAUUUCUACAAGUUCUGUAAAUGGGAAAUUUCUAUAAUUGCAAAUACUGAUUUUAUGGAAAAAAAACCUGUGGCACUUUUGGAGCCAGAGAACAAUGAUACCAUAUCCAGAUGUUCCUAAAUUGGGAUGAGUUUUAUGUUAGAAACAUGGGACUAUUCUUGUCAGGAUGCUGCCAUUUUAAAAACAAAAUAAAUUUACUACUGUAGUUGAAGGAUUACUGUACUUGAAAGACUAGAGAGAAAAAUAUCUUUUUCAAUUUAUUUUGUGUUUUGAAAUCACUCUGUGUAUGGUCAGUUUUCCCUUGUUGCUUAUGUAGGUAUAACCCUUCUUCUCACCCCCAAAAAUAAAAGAACCAGAAAAAUCUUGUAAAAUCACAGAAGUUGGUAGGGAGUUUUAAGCGUUGUGCUGGCUCCUGAAACUACUGUUGAAAUCUAGUCAGUUUCAUAAGAUGCCUUAAGUUGACAUUGUCCUCUUGUAAGUUAUUUUAGCUUCUACAGAAACACUUCAUCGUCCCAAUCCUGCAACUGGACCUGGAUGGGUGAACCCGUAAAAUCUAUGGCCCUCCAAGUGAACACGAGCGUCCAACACAGAGAUCUAAUUGCAUAUAAUUUCAUAGUUUUUAGGAUAAACCAGAAAACCUUGAUGAUUACUGUCUGCUGGUCAUUGCUGUUGCAUGAAAGUAUCCAAAAAUGCAUUGUUUUGGUACGUGGUGCUGAAUAUCCAGAACUUUUUAUACAGUUGUCAAAUCUGUAAUCUCAGCAUUGCACAUGUAAAAAGAUCAAAUAAUUCUGAACUAUAAAUGAAUUUAACCCAACAUCAUUUUAUAAACAAUUAAAGUGAAGCCUUCUUGAUAUGCCUGUGCAGAGAGGGCAGAAGACCUGCGACAAAGAAAGAAGCAAAAUUGCACAGAAACUGACAAAAUGGCUCCAGAUGAGAGGAACAAAGAAAACCCAAACCUGGGAAGAUCGCCAAAAUAUGUCUUAUUUCAACGUUUUGCAAAGCUUUUCUUUGGCUGUGUCGCAGCUAUCACUAGUGGGAUGAUGUAUGCUGUGUACCUCUCAACAUACCAUGAACGGAAAUUCUGGUUUUCCAGCAGGCAGGAACUUGAACGAGAAAUUACAUUUCAGGGUGACAGUGCCAUUUAUUACUCAUUUUAUAAAGAACUGCUAAAGGCUCCUUCCUUUGAAAGAGGUGUUUAUGAGCUGACACACAACAAUAAAACUGUAUCGCUGAGGACUAUAAAUGCAGUGCAGCAAAUGACAUUGUAUCCAGAGUUGAUUGCCAGUGUUUUAUAUCAAGCAUCUGGUAGCGAAGAGGUUAUCGAGCCAGUGUAUUUCUACAUUGGUAUUGUUUUUGGACUGCAGGGAAUUUAUAUGGCUGCAUUGUUUGUAACCAGUUGGGUUAUGAGUGGGACUUGGUUGGCAGGAAUGCUGACCGUAGCAUGGUUCAUUAUUAACAGGACAGAUACAACAAGAAUCGACCACUCCAUUCCUUUAAGGGAAAACUGGGCAUUGCCAUAUUUUGCAUGUCAAGUUGCAGCUCUUACAGGCUAUUUAAAAAACAACAUAAAUUCUUCUGCUGAGAGGUUUUGCUACCUUUUGGUGAGUGCUUCAACAUAUACUUUCAUGAUGAUGUGGGAGUACAGUCACUAUCUGCUGUUUGUCCAGGCUGUCUCUCUCGUCCUGCUGGACAGCUUUGCCCUUGUGCAGACAGAUAAGGUGCAUGAAGUGUACAAAAUCUAUCUGUUCUCCCUCUUCCUGGGAUAUCUCUUACAGUUUGAAAAUCCAGCUUUAUUAGUAUCUCCAUUACUAAGCCUCGUAGCAGCUUUAAUGCUCUCUAAAUGCCUUCAGGUGAAUAUGAAAAAGGGCACAUUUAUUUCAAGGAUGCUAAAAAUAAUGUACUUUUACUUGGUAUUUACGAUAACAGUGACAAUGAAUUUCUUACUGAAGACAUUUGUUCCUCAUAAAGAAAAUGAGCAUGUGUUGAAGUUCCUUGAAGUAAAAUUUGGAUUAAACACAACUAAGAACUUUACAGUGAACUGGCUUCUUUGUCAAGAAUCCCUUCAGACACCAUCUCAAGACUUUUUUUUGCGACUAACUCAGUCAUCUCUAUUGCCUUUUUAUAUUUUAGUAUUAAUUAUCUGCCUUUCUUCUGUAACUCAAGUCAUUUUUAGGAGAAUUGGUGGUGAACCACUCAAAGAAAAAGUUACACUUGACGAUGGCCGAAUUGGAGAAAGGCCAGAGAUUGCUUAUCAUGUAAUCCACACAAUAUUAAUGGGUUGUCUUGCAAUGAUGUUGGAAGGCAUGAAGUACUUGUGGACUCCCUAUAUGUGUAUGCUUGCUGCAUUUGGUGUAUGCUCCCCUGAGCUUUGGAUGACACUUUUCAAGUGGCUUCGACUGAGAGCUGUACACCCAAUAUUGCUGGCUCUCAUUCUGAGUAUGGCAGUUCCAAGUAUAAUAGGUUUCAGCUUGUGGAAAGAGUAUUUUCCUAGGAUAAUGACAGAGCUUUCAGAACUGCAAGAAUUUUAUGACUCAGAUACAGUAGAACUCAUGAUGUGGGUCAAAAGACAGGCUCCUGUUGCUGCUGUGUUUGCUGGAAGUCCACAGCUAAUGGGUAUGAUUAAGCUGUGUACUGGAUGGAUGGUGACAAGUCUACCUUUAUAUGAUGAUGUUGAUCUUCUACAAAGAAAUGAGAAUGUUUAUCAGAUCUAUUCAAAAAGGUCUGCCGAGGAUAUUUAUAAGAUACUCACAUCCUACAAAGCCACCUACCUAAUUAUAGAGGAUUCAAUUUGCAAUGAGGUUGGAUCUGUGAAAGGAUGUAGGGUUAAAGACUUAUUGGAUAUUGCUAAUGGCCAUGUGGUUUGUGACGAAGGUGACAGUUAUGCCUACUCUAAAUAUGGACGAUUUUGUCACGAGAUCAAAAUGAACUAUUCUCCAUAUGUGAAUUAUUUUACUCGGGUAUACUGGAACAGAUCCUACUUUGUGUAUAAAAUCAACACUGUGAUAUCCUUCCAAUCUUGAAAAAUCAUGGAGACUUCUUUUUGAAGAUUGACCAUGUAUGGAAUUAAUAGGAGUUCCUAUUUUAAAAGUGGCUUUUUUACAGAUCGAAGUGGGAGCAUGCAGAAUGCUUAUUCUGUUAGUUUACCAAACUGGAACUCUGGACUACAGCUCAACAAGCAAGAGUACCACCCUCUAAGGAAAUGUGAGCACUAAUCAAUUUUACAGUCUACAAAGUGUGACCAUCUUCCAUAAUUCUUACAUUUGUCUUUCCAGUUUUUCCUAUUUUGAAUCAUCCUAAUUUUCAUGGAAAUAAAAUGUCUAACUUAAAUAUUACAACAAAUAAUUAAAUAACUUUUAGAUGGACCUAUUUUGGAAAAUACAGAAAAAUUACAUUCAGACAUUUGGGGAUGAUUUAAAUUCAAGUUGUUAUACAGCUUUCAUUUUCUAGCAUUUGAAACCAUCAAAGUGUCCCAAGUAAGAGUCCCUGCAAAUAGUUUGAUUUUCUGUUAAUAGGACUGUCUUUAACUAUGUGCAUUACUAUUACACACACACACACAUUCAAACAUUUUCUGGGUGUAGGUGUAACAUUUUUGUAUGAGCUAAAUCCUGAAGAUUUUAUUUAGGCAAAACACCCAUAAAUUUGACUUCAAUGCACGGACAAAGGUGUCCACCUACAUGGACAAGUUGGCAGGAUUAGGAUUUUAGUUUGGACUGAGCAGGUCUUUGGGAUUUGUCCACAUUAGAUAAUAUAUACUUAUUCAUUUUAAUAGAUAUUAUGUAGUUAGUCUUGGUAAAAUACGGCCACAAUUUUAUUUAAAACCCCCACACACAACGAAGUCAUGUUAAAACAGUUGAUAACUAUUUUUUAAAUAUCUGCAUAUAAUGAAUUAAGAGUAUACUGUCAUGGUAUUUUUUCAAAAUUUUAGAAAAUAUUUUGCCUCCUAACUUUACUCCUUUCCCACAUCACUCUAGUCAGUUUUCUCAAUGAAUUCUCCAUUUAUGCAGUUUAUUUUGUUGCAACUUGCUGUGCUUCUGCUAUAAUAGAUGUUUGUUUGCCUCCUAUUUUUGGCCUGAUCUUGGAGUCCUGAAACAAAACACCGCAAAAGUAAGGGACAUCUUGCCUGAGGACUGCAAAACCAUUCCCGCUGUGUCUGCUGGAAAAAUGUAAAUCCAAAGAAUUCAACUUCUAUGAAGUGAGCAUAUACAGCAAGAAUAUGGUGCAGGGGUAUGCUUACCAUUUCCUCUGCACAUAGGUUUAUUUAUUGUUAUACUAACAGUGCUGCAUUAACAAACAACUCUGGAGGGAUCUUUUUUUCAAAAUUCUUUAUUGUUGCAAAUGUUGUCAUAUCUGUAGUCCAGUUUUCAUUUCUAGAUGUGCUAAUUUUUGAGACCUGAAAACCUUGACAAUGUUUUAAAUUAUCCACUUUAUUUGAAACCAUGACUCAGAUAAAUCCAUUAAACAAAAUAAUAAUGGGCUCAGUGAUCUGAAGGAAAAAUGGUUUUUAGUAUAAUUGAGUGACAGGGUACAGUAAGUAGCCUUAUAUCAGAUGUAGCCUUGACACAUCCAUUAUAUUAAGAAUGGGUGUGGGUGUUUGUGUGUAUUAUAUAUAAAGUCUACUCACAAUGUGCACUCUUUGUGUGUUUAUACACAUAUGCACUUGUGUAUACUGCACUGAACAUUUUUCAGACUUUUCAGUCACUACAGUAAACUAAUGUAUUAUCUUCAGCUACUGCAAGCUUGGGGAACCUUUUAGUGGUCUUUUCUGUAUGUGAUAGAAUGAACGUAGAUGUAUUUAAUAUUUUGAAAUAAUUGUAGAACUCCAGAUGCAGUUGGAGUUCAUUAUGAUUGACCGACUGUCAGGGAUGUCAUACUUAUGUCUCAUUCCUAGUAAACGCAUGAGCCUAAACAUUAAUGAAUUCCAUUUCAUAAUAGCAAUAAGGCAUUCCAGGUAGUGAAUUUCAGGGUGACUGUUGCACUCCUUGUUGGCUGAAGCCACUUAGCCAAUGGCCUCAUGCCUUAUAACAGCAUUCAAUGUGCAAUAUUUUAAUUACCCUGCAAUGGACUGCCUAUUGUGUUUUACUGCAGUGCUGUGUGUGUAUAGUACUUACUAGUACAUAGUGUGAAUACAUACACAUAGAAUACAUAUGUAUAGAAAAAUGCAGCUAACGGCCAUUCUACACAUCUGAAAAUAAAUCCCAGCUGUAGCACAUUGGCCUUUAUACAUUUGAAUAGACAUGUUAGCUCUUGUUUGAACCGUGAUAUAAUAUUAUUAAGUGUUGUCAUUCUUUUUAAGUAAUGAUGCUACUUCCGUUGAUUCUGCUUUAGGAGAAUCAAAAUUAGGAGGAUUUUUAAUGUGUUCAUUAUUUUUUAUAUAUAUAUAUUAGAAAAAAUUGUAUCACAGCAGCAUUGGGUUAUCAGGCUAAAGAAAACAGAAAAAGAAUCUCUUGUAACUAUGGGAAAAUGUAGCCAUUUGUAAUCCCUGUUAAAAGGCAAAAAUAUUUAAAUAAUUAACCUAAAAAUCAAAACUUUGGUUUGAACAUCCAAUCCAGUUGCUGACCUGCUUAUGAAGUAGCCAAAAAAAGUGUCAUCUACUAAAGGUCUAUUCUGUUUCCCACUUUUUGUGUAGAACACAGGUUCUAUGGUGUUCCCGGGAAGGAUUAAAUAGGGCUUUUCAUAUAAGUAAGCUGCAGUUAUGCCCUAACUUGCUUUCCAGCUUAGGUCACUAGCAUUACAAGCCUACUAAAUGAAUAAAAACUCAUGGUUGUGAGGGUGGGAGAACAUACUGAAAAAUCACAUCUGUUUUACUGUAGAAAUUGCGAUCCAUUUGAAAUAUGUGCCUUGAAAGCUUUAUUAAACAAAAUCUUUCAACUUGUGUUUAUUUUUGUGAAGAUUUUUAAUCCAUUUCCUCUGGUUUAUAGAGUUUCAAUUGUAUCUUAUUUUCAGCAGGAAAAGAUCCUAGCAACCUCCUUGAAAGGUGCUGCUGCUGUGAAUGGCACAGCUAGCGUCGUGCCAGCCAUUUUGUUCACAACCAUUGACUCCACCAGCCCAGAAAGACUGAUAAAUUUACAUGGCAAGUUGUUGUUUUUGUUCUGGCUUACUUCCUCCUUCCCCCUGUGAGCCCUCAAUGAACAAAAAUAUUAUCGGAAAAGGUUAUGGAAGAUUGAGCAAUAAAAUACUCCUAACCUUUCACUUUAGAUCUCUGGUUUCAGAUUUAGUCAGAUCACAAGUGAAAUGAGAUUGGUGAUCUCAGCCUAAAGCAUACUUAUCCAGACUGAGUCCAAACUACCACAUAAUUUGACACAAUUUUGCAUGACUGUCUAGAAGAAAUGUAGGACUGGAUUAGCAAGGGUGAAAGAGGUCAUGAUUAAGAUGCUUUGUCCAAACGAUGCAACACUCUCAUUAAUUAAUACAUUGAAAGAGCACUUUCACUUCCUCCAAAAUAAAUAAUAUUUUUUAGCUAACUGACAGCUGCCAUCCUUAGGAAACAAAAGCUAGUGUUACAAAGAACAAGUGUUUAAUAGACAUUUUAGGUUUUUCUAGUUACUCACAUUGUUGCAUAUUAAAAUAUAAAUAGUAAAUAUUUAGGGACCAAAUCUAGCUUGUCUUACUCAUGUAAUUAGUGUCCAGUCAAAUAUCCCUUUGGCUUCACAGGAAUAAAAACUUCAAGAUUAGGUCCUAGAUUUGUAAAUUUUCAGUGAACCACAUGUUGAUUACCAAUGUUAACUUUAUACAAUCCCUGUAUUUUGACCAAAACCGAUAUGUGUGUGCAGAUGCAUUUAGAGAGUUCUUCUAUCCUGCAAUCAUGUUUUGGAGACUUUAAAUGUGUAAUUAUUAUUACUAAUGGCAGUUAAACUGCUAAAUCCCCUUGUACUGAUAUGCAAAUAGAUUCCAAAGUACAUUGGAAUAAGGAUGUAGCAAAAAUUGAGCUUAUUUCAAUUCAAGUAGGCUUGGCAGGAUUGGAUUAUUGUGAUGGAUAAUAUAAAUAUUUAAGCAUUUUUUUUUAAAUUUUUAUCUAGUGAAAUGUUCACAGUUGUGAAAAAUUAUUGGUGGGUCAGACCAUUAUUUACUGACAGAUUUUAAGAUUCAAAAAGUUAAAUCUUUAACUGUUAAAACACAAAUUGUCAAAAUCAGAUAUCAAAAUGUUCACUGAAUACCCUUAAUCAAACUCUAAGUUCUUAGGCAAAGAAAGAAAAAUGCUACCUAUCUGUAAGUUUUCAAUUAUGGAUGGAAAUUUUUUUGUUGGUUUGUGUGUGUACAGUGAAGUCAAUGUUUACCUACAUUUACUGAUAAAAAUCUAAUCCUUCCAAGCCUAAAUACUGUACAAGCAAUAUUUCACUGAAAUAAUACCUCAUCUUUAAGCUGUUUAAUCAUGUGUUGAAUAUUCUUAAUACUGAAUUUUAGUAAAGUAGUGGAAGCUAAGGGAACAUGCAGUGCAUGUUUAUACAGUAACCAUUCUUUUUACGUUAUCAGUGCAGCCAAAUAUGUUUAAAGACUUUUCUGAACUGUUUAGUACCUUAAUUGCUGUUCAAAUGUGUUACUAGAACUGGUGAUAUUUUAGACAUCAGUACAAUUAAAUGCAUGUGUGAUUCUACUUUUGAAAGUGAUGAGAUUAUAAAGGUUUUUUUAUUUGAUGGGGAAAAGGGGUGCGUGCAGUGUAUUAUAUAAAAUUUAUCGUUGUACUUUGAGUACAGAAACAUCUUGCUGGCAAUGCUUUAUUUUUUCCUGUUGACACUUAUUGGUAGUGCAUGUGGCAUAAUUGACAUGUCCAAUCAUGUGCAAGUAUUUAAUGACAAAUCUAAAAGAAAUUGUACUGUCUGUCUUCUGGGACAGAUCGCUCUCAAUACAGUUGGUAUACCGUAACUAUUUUCUCCUAUGACAGACGUUUCAGCUUUGCAAAAGACUAAAUGCUAAAACUGAUGAAUAUGGAUCACUUGAGACAAACUUUUUACCUUUGCUUUUGAGACCUCAAAUAUUCUUUCAUAAGGAAAGAAGUUUCUUAGUUUAUGGUAAAAUAACCUGCUUGUUCUGUUACAGUAAGAAAAUUGUUUUUGUAUUUUUUGCUUACACAAUAACUUUCAAGUUGGUUAAAAGAUUGUGUAAAGUUCUUCAGAUAUUUCUGUCUUUUGGUGCAGAAUAAUAAUCACAAAGCACUUCAGCAAUAUCCAACCUCUUAAAGCUGGAUCCAUAUAUCACAGUGACCAUGACUAGCUGUUGAGAAACAUAUUGGUACAAACUAGACCAGCAAAAUAAAAGAUGUUUCAUGUCAAAUGAUGAGGUGGGAGGAAAAAAAUCUAAUUUUCUAGCUAAACACUCUCUUUUUUCAGGGAUAAAUAAAACUGGAAGGGAAUCACUAAACAAACUCAAAUACUUAACCAUAAAAUUUUGCAUCAACUAAUAUACUUACUCAUCUUGUGCAUGUGUUAUAUGUACAAGGAAGCAUUAAUAUAGUAGAUUCUUGCUAUUGUUAUGUUUAUAUGGUGCUGCUAGUACAAUUAGGGUUUUCAACUCAGAUUGUGGUUUGUAUCCAUUUACUGCAUGGUUAUGUGAAAUUUGGAAAUGACUUCAUUUUUAUCUGGGAUUUUUACAGUUGUUGGAAACAUUUGGUGGGAAAUUGUCAGGAAAAAGUUGAUAGACAGUAUGAUAUAUACUAAAAAUUGUAGUAAAUUGGAUUUGAUUGGAUCCUUGAAGCCCAAUUCUUAACAAUACUAUGUCUUAAUAAUUAGUUCAUCAAAAAUUUUCCCUUUAAAACUUUGCAGGAAAUAAGUCUCAUCUUAAAAUCAUAUUACUGAAUAUCUUAGAAUAUCCAAGGACAUGAAUGACUUUUUUCAAGCCGCAUAACAAAAUGAGCUUGUUUUAGCUGUGAUGAGAAUCAAGUCUAUUGUAAUCUUAAAGUAUGUCUGUAUACAUAUACACAUCUUUAUUUAAGACCAA